AGGUCUUUGGAUCCAGAAAAGGAAAACUACAAUUUUUAUGUGCCUGUUUGGAGAGCGGAGUACUUAAGAGACGACACUUACAAACAUCUGGUUGCACUGGUCUGUAUGGACAUUAUAACAGCCCUGCCGACGAUCGUUCUGAUUGCGCUAGUUAUUUUUGCCUUGGCAACGAGGCGUCGACUGCGAAACAACUCCACCAUACUUCUUGCUUCCUUAGCUGGAGCAGAUUUAUUGACAGGGAUUGUUGUUCUACCGUUUGCCUUCGCAAUAGACCUGAAGCGACUCCUUGGUUUUGACUCAUUCUGUUCGCUAGAAAAGGCAUUUACUGUGACAUUAGCGAUGGUAACUUGCGCUUCGAUCAGUCACCUAGUCAUGAUCAGCAUAGAUCGCUACAUAGCAAUCAAAUAUCCCUUGAGGUACCAGGAAAUUGUCACAGAGACGCGAAUAUUAAUCAGUAUUGUUCUAGCUUGGGGUUUCACGUUAUUGGUGACAAUCAGUGAACUUGUUCUGGCUCUAAUAGACAGUGACAGCGUCUACUCUAUAUAUUCACACGUGAACACCAUAAUACAAAUUGCUAUCGGUACUCUUUCCAUUGUUGUUAUUUCUUUGUCUUACGGUUACAUUUACUCAGAAACUCGACGACAGGUUAAACGACUCAAAGCCGAACAACUGCCUCAAGAAGAAGUCCAAAGAAUCAAAAAUAACAGAACGGCAGCCACUACUCUGGCGAUCAUUCUGAUUGCUUUAGUAGCCACUCAUUUACCAACAAUAGUAGUGACUGCUCUUUCAAGUAGCACUGCGGCACCGCCGCGUUUUAUCUGUAUCAUUUGGAGCUGGGUAGGAGGCACUUGCGUGUUAGGUCCCCUGUGCAACCCCAUUAUUUACUGUUGGAGAAUGAAAAAUCUACGGCGCGCAUUUCUCAAGAUACUACAUUUAAGACAACCUGAAAACACUCUGCCAGAAAUAGAAGUGAGAGAAACUGAACGCCAUCAACCUAGACCCAGUACAAACCAGGCCUUCCCUCUGCCCGCAAUCGGGCAACCCGUCUUGCUAUCAGUUCGUCAUCUGCAAGCCGAUUAA